GCACACAUGCACAAAAACACACACACAUGCACAAAAACACAUAUACACACACACACAUGCACACCCACACACACAUGCACACCCACACACACUAUCAAAUAAGGCACUUUUGAGCAUGGGGAUAUUUAGCUUUGAGACAGAUGCACAAUUAUAAAGUAUAUAACUGAACAUACUCAGGUCUGUUGAUUUUUUUAAUAAUAAAGUAGUUUUAGGAAUAUAACCCAUUUAUAUUGUGAUAGCGGUUAGUUAUAGAUGUAAUGUUGUAAAUAAAUGAUGUUUUAUGAGCACAGUUCGGGAGGAAGAUGCUGUACUACACUAUCCAUGUGAGAGGAGCUCAAACACAGAGCCGAAUUACCUCUGAUCCACGACAGCUCUUCCUGAGACACGCCAAACACACACUGCCAUACACACGCCAAACACACACUGCCAUAAACACGCCAAACACACACUGCCAUACACACGCCAAACACACACUGCCAUACACACGCCAAACACACACUGCCAUACACUUGCCAACCACUCGCCAAACACACGGCAAACACAUGCCAAACACUCGCCAACCACACACUAAACACAUGGCAAACACACUGUAAAAACUCGUCAAACACACACACCAAACAUUCGCCAAACACUCGCUAACCACACGCCAAACACGUAAAACACUCGCCAAACACACGGCAAACACCAAACACAUGCCGAACACACGGCAAACACUCACUAACCACACGAGAAACACUUGCCAAACACAAAAAACACGCCAAACACUCGCUAAUCACACGCUAAACACUCGCCAAACACUCGCUAAGCACACGCCAAACACAAGAAACACUCGCCAAACACACGGCAAACACCAAACACACGCCAAACACUCGCUAACCACACGCCAAACAUUCGCCAAACACUCGCCAAACAUUCGCCAAACACUCGCCAAACAUUCGCCAAAAACGCGCCAAACACUCGCUAACCACUCGCCAAACAUUCGCCAAACACGCGCCAAACACUCGCUAACCACACGCCAAACAUUCGCCAAACACUCGCUAACCACACGACAAACAUUCGCCAAACACUCGCUAACCACACGCCAAACACGAGAUACACUCGCCAAACACACGGCAAACACCAAACACACGGCAAACACGCGCCAAACACUCGCUAACCACACGCCAAACACGAGAAACACUCGCCAAACACACGGCAAGCACCAAACACUCGCUAACCACACGCCAAACAUUCGCCAAACACUCGCUAACCACACGCCAAACACGAGAAACACUCGCCAAACACACGGCAAACACACGGCAAACACGCGCCAAACACUUGCUAACCACACGCCAAACAUUCGCCAAACACUCGCUAACCACACGCCAAACAUUCGCCAAACAUUCGCCAAACACGAGAAACACUCGCCAAACACGAGAAACACUCGCCAAACACACGGCAAACACCAAACACACGCCAAACACGCACCAAACACUCGCUAACCACACGACAAACAUUCGCCAAACACUCGCUAACCACACGCCAAACACGAGAAACACUCGCCAAACACACGGCAAACACCAAACACAUGGCAAACACGCGCCAAACACUCGCUAACCACACGACAAACACGCCAAACACGAGAAACACUCGCCAAACACUCGCUAACCACACGACAAACACGCCAAACACGAGAAACACUCGCCAAACACACGGCAAGCACCAAACACUCGCUAACCACACGCCAAACAUUCGCCAAACACUCGCUAACCACACGCCAAACACGAGAAACACUCGCCAAACACACGGCAAACACUCGCCAAACAUACGCAAAACAACAUUCAACAUUCAACAUGCACUAAAACCACUAAAUCACUUUGUUCAUGUCUCAGAUCAACACAAUCUUCAGCAAAGGUUGACAGCCAACACACACACUUUUACACCCACAAAACAAUGACAACAGGAAACUUUAUACAAUGUUUUCGUCUGUAAAACGAACACCCCUCUACUGUUUAGAAUUCACUGCAACAUACGUUACUAAAAUAAAAGACAUGAUGCAUUAUGCUUCAAUACUUUAUAUAUUGUAUGUUUUUGCAGUAAUUCCAAUGUACAAACAACACCAUCCACUGACUCAACAGGAAUCAGCUGCGCUCGGUCCAAUCGUCCAAUUGUUUUUAUACCAUUUAUUUUUUAGAUUCGAAAUAUAUUUCAUUACAAUAUUACUGUAGAAAUGUGGCAAAAUGCUGUCUUAUUUUGAGCUUAAGUUUUGAAAACAGUGUGUAAAGCAUGUGUAAAUUAGCCUUAGUUUAGCCCACAUAUACGUCUGUUGUGCUCAAUGUGAAGAGUUUUGAAAAAGUGACCAAAGUUUUGAGAAAUGUGUCCUAGCGACUGUAAAAAGCUGUAAGCCAGGAAUAUUUAGAAAGAAGAAAAACUCAAAUAUGUGAGAAAACCCCAAGAAAAGCCUUGUUUGGCCAUUCCUAAAUAUGAAUUUGUUAAUGUUGUGUUAAUUUUCAAGUAUCUGAAGCCUCAAUCUAACAAAUUGGGGGCUCGUCCGGGAUAUUUAUUAAGAGGAAAAGACCAUGCAAAGAGUGAAAAGAGUCUCAGAUAUGGAUUUAUUAUACCAGAUUUAUGACUCAGUGCUGAUCAUAAUUUAGACCAAAGCUGUGCUUUAUGAUGCAAAUGAUAAUCCUAAAAAUACCCUGAUAAUCUGAACAAGACGAUCUGACGUGUGAGCGAUUGCACUGCCACAUUAAUAACACACAGAUGUUUUUAUUCCCUGAGAAACACAUACGCUAUUUAAAUAUUCUAAAACCAUGGGUGUGUUUAUAUUUAUCCCUCUUUCAUGGCACAAAAAUGAUUAAUCAUUUCACACUUUUUUCAUCUUUUAAUUCUGAUCUUUGUCACUGGGAAACAUUCAAAAAAGAGAGAUUUCAUAUAAAUGAUGAUUUGUUUUUGAUUAGCAUUAGAUGAGCAGAAAUAAACGUUCUCAUUCUGUGACUGUGUUUGAUUAAUGAAGUGUGUGUGUUAGAGCUUAUUAAACUAGUAUUAGUAAGUGAAAGUGAGUUAGGACUAAUUAAACAAAUGUUGAGACAUCAGGUUACCUCAUUUAACUAAAACCUUUAUGGUGCAUUUUCAUGUAUAAUGUACUAUGCAGGAACAAAUGGAAAUGCAAAACAAAGAAAUAAAGAAAUAAACUUGA